AUGAGGGGCGUCAUCCCGCUCCCUCAGGGAGUGGCGACAACCGCCUGGCCGGGCGCUCAGAAUUUCAACGGGUCCAUCUACUGCGCCUACGAGGAUGCCAUCUACGAGAUCCUCUACGAAUUUGCGAGCGUCAACCUCCAGGACAACACGGGCGAAAUCUUCAUCGGCCCGGCGCUUUUCGUCAACACGAGCCAGACGCCAACAGUGAACGGCGGCCUCAACUGUCCAUCUGCGACUCCUUUUCCCGAAGUGACCACCUCCACGACCACCUCCACCACCACGCUGCCACCACCACUGCAGUCGUGCAACACCACCGCCUGGAACUGCAGCAAUUCCAGCUCCUUCUCGACCCUGGCGCUGCAGAUGAUCAACGAGCAGAUCGAUGGCAACUGCAUCCGAGGAACCAUCCAGGCGUUAGACGUCACGACUGGCACGUACGUGCCUAUCUGCCAAUUCGAGGGCGAGUGCUUCAACGCCUGUGGUGUGAACCCCUUGGACAACUACAUCUAUUGCAUGACCGAGGAGCCAUCCAACACCGGCUACAUUGCCCGCCUGACUUGCCCGACGAUCCCGUUUUUCUCGGAUGCCGGUCCUUCGAGUGCCGCCGGCUCCAUCUGCUACAUCGGAACCCAGCGCUCCUCCGUGUCUGCGGGCUUCAGCCUCGACGGCCGCUACGUCUUCAUCGCAGAUGAAGGGGGGCUCUUCUUUCAAGACGGCUUGGACAUGCUUCCGGCCUAUGAUCGGCGGCCCAUCGCGUCCGACAACGUGUCCUUCGACCUCCGGCCGCUGGCCCAGAACGUGACGAACCCGGGCCAGACGGAGCAGAUCAACGGCUUCGACCUCACGGUCCGGGAAGUGGACUUGGGCAACCAGACGGGGGACCAGAAUUUCACCAUCUCCUGCAACGACAACUAUGUGAUGUUCCAGUCCUUGGAGGUGCCGACCAACUUCUUCAACCUGACCAUGGUCGGGUCGAGGCCCCGAGGAAUCUCAGGAGCCCAGUGGGAGUUCCAGGGUCGGGUCUUCUGCGCAUACAACGACUUCGGCGAGGUCUUCGAAGUCGAGGUGGACACUGCGAACUUGGCCAGCCAGACGGUGGUCGCAGGGUUCGUGAACAACUCUGCUCAGGUCUUCUCCAACGACGGCCUGAACUGCCUGACUGCUCCAACCCCCUUCCCUGAUCCG